AUGUUAGGGCAAACCCCGAAGCAUAAAAGUCCACCAGCAGUGUCUACUAUCUGCUAUCUCAAAGAAUACGCUCCGGAUAAUCGAGGAACAGAGUUCAUCAUUGGUUAUAUGGAAAACCUUGGACAGGACAUAGACGUUGAGCUGUUUGUUACGACGAUGAGACGGGCAAAUGUUAGUGUAGAUAUAACUGCUCCACACUUUGAAUCAGCAGAGAUACAUCAUCGCUUCAAUGUAUCAUACGGUAUGGUAAAACAGGUUCAUUUUCAUAAUGAUAUCAGAGUGGUAGGAUCAUCUAUCGACACAAAAGGAGUUUUGGUGAAAUCCAAUGACGAAAUUGUGAUAUAUGGUGUGAACAAGGAAAAAUUCUCCUGUGACGCAUUUCUAGGUUUACCAGUUGAUGUGUUGGGUACUGAUUAUUACAUCCUGACUUACUACCCUCCUUCAGAUCAGUGUGAACUGUUAAUUGUCGGGGUCGAAAACAACACUGCUGUUACUAUCCGUUUAGGUGAGGCUCUUGGCAACUAUACGGUACGGUGGGACAGAUAUUAUUAUCGUAAAGGAGACGAAAUUCAUAUUAGUUUGGAUAGAUUAGAUACCUUUCAGCUGGUUAGUAAAGGCGACUUAAGCGGAAGUCGUGUGACUUCAGAUAAACCCGUUUCGGUAUUCAGUGGAAAUAAGAAAACAAAGAUCGGUCGCGGAUUCAGCAGUGAUCAUAUCGUAGAACAUUUGAUGCCAGUGACUUCUUGGGGGAAAAAGUUCGUUACUGUUCCGAUUCCCCGCCGAACAGUAGGAGACUUCUUCCGGUUUGUUGCAAGUGAGGAUAACACCGAGAUUCACAUAACCGGUGGAUAUUUGGAUACAAUAAUUAUAGAAAAGGCCGGAGAUGUCGCGCAACAAAAUAUCCCUUCCCAUGCUUACUGUCUUGUUACGGCCAAUAAAGCCAUCUUUGUUGCUCAAUUUGUUCAGAGUCAGACUUCGCGCUUCGAACCCUCAGAUCCCAGCAUGAUCAUCAUUCCUCCUGUUGAACAAUUUGCCUCCGAUUACACAUUUGCUACACCGAAAUACUCGUUUGGCUCCUUUUUAAAUUAUUUCUUAUUCAUCGUCAAGUCAAAAGAUAGAUCAGGACUAAGACUUAAUGGAAAACCGUUUCCUUCGAAUGUCCGAUUUACUCAGAUAUCAGGAACAGAGUAUGUCGGAGGCUACAUAUCCAUUCCCGAAGGUUCCCAUAACGUCCGUCACGUUUCACCUAUCUGCAUAUUUGGCGGUUAUCUAUAUGGAAGAGCUACUAUGGAAUCAUAUGGAUUCCCUACAGGAAUGAGAAUGGCUCCCAUCAAUACGCCCUGUGAGCCGACCCCCUCUGUUGUUGGAGAUGGGCUGGACAACGACUGUGAUGGUCUAAUUGAUGAAGAAUUGUGUGUCCUGGACCAAAAAGAUAAUGAUGCCGACGGAAGAAAGAACGAAGAUUGCGCAAUGCCAGCUCCAGUGGAUGGCAAUUGGUCAAAAUGGCAGAGUUGGGAACCUUGUUCAGCAACAUGCAGACGAAAAGGUCAUCCUACCCCAAGGGGCUCACGUACCAGACGUCGCACUUGUACGAAUCCUGCACCUGCUUUCGACGGCGACAUCUGCGUCGGCAACGACGCUGAGACCAGCUCCUGUCAACCAACGAUAUUUUGUCCAAUUGAUGGUCAGUGGUCUGAUUGGAUUGAAUGGAGUCAUUGUUCAAUAUCCUGUAAGAACACGGGAGAAGACGUUGGUACAACGUCCCGACAUCGGAACUGUUCCAAUCCGCCUUCACAAUAUGGCGGUAAACAAUGCGAGGGACCCACAAGUGAGACGAAAGAAUGUACUCCAUCCAAAUUUUGUCCGGUUGACGGAAACUGGGGCUCCUGGGGAGGAUGGACUGCAUGUUCUGUGACUUGUCUGAAGUCAGGUUUUAAAACAAACGGAGUUCAAACGAGGAACCGGUCCUGCGUAAACCCAAAACCGGAACAUGGUGGGAAGGAUUGUCCAGGAAAGGAUGAGGAUAUGAAAGAAUGUUCUCCGACGAAUCCAUGUCCAGUUGACGGAAACUGGGGCUCCUGGGGAGGAUGGACUGCAUGCUCUGUGACUUGUGUGAAGUCAGGUUUUAAAACAAACGGAGUUCAAACGAGGAACCGGUCCUGCGUAAACCCAAAACCGGAACACGAUGGCAAAUAUUGUUUAGGAGAGGAUGAAGAUAUAAAAGAAUGUUUUCCAACUAACCCAUGUCCAGUUGAUGGUAAUUGGGCGUCCUGGGGAGAGUGGACUGCAUGCUCUGUGCCUUGUCUGAAAUCAGGUUUUAUAGCACGCGGAGUUCAAAUCAGGAACCGGUCAUGCGUGAAUCCCAAACCGGAACAUGGAGGAAAAUAUUGUCCUGGAGAGGAAGAGAAUAUGAAAAAAUGUUUUCCGACAAGUCCAUGUCCAGUUGACGGAAACUGGGGCUCCUGGGGAGAGUGGACUGCAUGCUCUGUGACUUGUGUGAAGUCAGGUUUUAUAAAAAACGGGGUUCAAAUCAGGAUCCGGUCGUGCGUAAACCCAAAACCGGAACAUGGUGGGAAGGAUUGUCCAGGAAAGGAUGAGGAUAUGAAAGAAUGUUCUCCGACUAAUCCAUGUCCAGUUAACGGGAAUUGGGGCUCAUGGGGAGACUGGACUGCAUGCUCCGAGACUUGUCUAAAGUCAGGUAUUAUGAAAAAUGGAGUUCAAAUCAGAGAUCGGUUGUGCGUGAACCCCAAACCGGAACAUGGUGGAAAAGAUUGUCCAGGAGAGGAUGAGGAUAUAAAAGAAUAUUUAUCGGAAACUGAUUGGUCGACAUGGAGUACAUGUUCUGUGGAAUGCGGAGGCGGAACUAGAAGACGUCAUCGGCUCUGUGAUAGUCAAUUAGAACCAAGUUGUCCGGAAGAUAUCGUCCAGGAAGAUACAUGCAACACGCGGGAAUGUGUUGGCACCAUGAUUGAACUAGUGACAAAGCAGCAAAAUCCACCACAUUUUACAUACACAAAAUUGACAGAUUACGGUUUCCAACCGGAUGCGGAUAAUUCUAUUGUCUUCCAUGUGAAAGCAUGUAACGAUGCACACGUGGCGCUGAUUUCAAACGAUCAGCGCAUGUACGAGGUGAUCAUAGGUGGGUGGAGUAAUACCAAGUCUGUUAUUCGUACAAGUAAAGAUGGAAAGCCUAAAGCUUCGCAUAAUGGUGCUCUCCUCAACUGUUCGAAGUUCAAAACAUUCCAUAUAAGCUGGGAUGAUGGUCUGAUCGUCCUUCACAGAAACACAUCUGAAGGCUGGGUAAAAGUAAUUAAAUGGCAAGAUCCAAGUCCAAAAACAAUAACCAACAUAGCCUUUACUACCGGAUUAUGGGCUACGGGGGCGUGGCGAUUUAGAGGUCUAGCUACAUGUAACUGUUUAGUAAGUGGCGACCCCCAUUAUACAACAUUCGACGGGGAGCAGAUUGAUUUCAUGGGGACUUGCAAAUACCUGCUAUCUGAAUAUAAAAAGUUUGGAGAUCCAUGUGAGUACACUGUGGAGGUGAAAAACGAACAAAGGGGAUCUAACUCUAAAGUGUCAUACACUAGGCUUGUGGAUGUGAAGAUGUUUGGAAAAGUUAUUCGAUUGCAUCAACAAAAGAAUGUGUUUAUUGACGGAGAGCUGACGUAUUUACCAUAUCACAGUGCCAGGUUCCAGGUGGUCCUGAGUGGGACCUAUGUACGGUUUGCUAGUAAGUGCGGUCUGGUUGUGGAGUUUGAUGGCGAGUCUAACGCUUGGGUCAGAGUGCCCAGUCAUUUUGGCGAUUCCUUCACGGGUAUUUGUGGGAACUGUAACGGUCUGAGGGACGAUCGACAUGAUGUGGAGGUGUACCAAGUCAAGGAUGACUCUUGUCCAGUUUGCGAGGCGAGUUCAGAAAUCCCAUGUUCCAGUUCAGGUAACACUUUCAAGCUAUGUCACGUGGAAGACGCAAGGUACAUAACGUUUAUAGGACUGACUAGACAGACAAGCACGGCCGAUUGUAAGAGUGGUUUUAGCUUUGGACGGUCCGGAAACAGCCUUUGGACUGACCAUGGCUGUGGUGGAUAUUUUGAAAUUUGCUUUACACGAAGAACAUCUGUGUACAAUACAGCUGCUCCAUCAAAUACGGGUUGUAAACAGACCCAGUCUGGAACAGACUACAAAGGCAACUGGGGUCGUACAGUUUCGGGGAGAGUGUGUCAGCGAUGGACCUCCCAGUACCCUCACCUCAACAACUACAGCACUCUCCUUAGUGGGGAGGUCAACUACUGUAGGAAUCCGGGUAGCAACGCCUACAGCCACACACAACCGUGGUGUUAUACGACAGACGAACACGUGACCUGGGAAUAUUGCAGCAUACCAAAUUGCUGA